GGUGGGCUGAUCAAUUGUCAUGAAUAUCAGUCAUAUCGCCCUCCGAUGGCUUUUAGUGUUCGCGAAUCUUCAUCUGGCGAAAGGCCCAGAUCGGCCAAUGCCCACGUGUGUCCUUCAACGCCUUCGAUUCCAACCACGAGGAUGUCAACGUCCGACCUCAGGUCCCACCAGGAACAACUUCAGUCCGGCCGUUUCCGUGCUCGAGGCCUCUCCAACAUCGAUCCCAAAUUUGUGUCACAGAGUGGCCUUUGCUCCAGUUCUGAAUUGGAAACUUCCAGAGGUGCCAUUCGAAUUCAGCAUCUAACUGCCGGCCAGACCUCGUCCUGCCAAGCCAACUCGACCAACGAGGGCGUGGCUCGCUUCCCUCGCCUUCAAGAUUGCGCUCAUUUCCACUAUGAAUGUACCGAGAUUGGACCGCUCAUUUUGGAACUUGUGGACAAGGACGAGGAACUUCGCUCGGUGAACCCCAACCCUGUGCCCGGUGAUUCGUGGCUUCUGAGUGUUCAAGUGACUUCCAGAGGUCGCACUUGGGUUGUGCGACGAAGUUAUGAGAAUUUUGUUUUACUCGACAAGCAGAGCCAUCAGUGUGUUUAUGACCGGCGGUAUUCUCAAUUACCUGAAAUUGUGGAGGCGGAAAAUUUGUCUAUUUCGAACGGACAUUCGCACGAGGAUUCGGUGCGGCAAUUGCUUUCAGGGUACCUAUGUCGAUUCUCGUCGUUGGCCGGACCCGUGAUCACAUGUGGACCCGUCCUCAAUUGGUUCGAGCUUGACAACCGAGGCCACCGUCUCAUUGUGACCGAUGACGGGGCCAUCAACACACCUGCCGUGGCUGCGGCUUACGUGGUCAAGCGAUACACGAAACAAGCCCCAGAUGAGAUCAGUUUCGAGGUCGGCGACAUGAUAUCAGUGAUUGACAUGCCUCCUCCGGACGAAUCAAUUUGGUGGCGCGGGAAACGUGGCUUUGAGGUGGGCUUCUUCCCCGGUGAGUGCGUCGAGGUCAUCGGUGACAAAGUUCCGCACGGCUUGAGCAUCCCAUUGAACUCGAAUGGUGAUUCGGGCGGCGAUUCCGGGCUGGAUAACGACUCCGCGGACUCGCCCUUGAGCAGCGGGGGAAGCUCGUCCGACCAUCAUCACCCGACCAAGCCCGUUCUCCGGAAGCACGGCAAACUGAUCUCAUUCUUCAGAAGCUUUAUCCUCUCUCGACCCUCGCGGGGCAAGCUCAAGAAAUCGGGUAUUCUGAAGGAGCGCGUGUUUGGCUGCGAUCUCUCGGAACAUUUACUCAAUACCGGCCAAGAGGUUCCCCGUGUUCUAACGCAUUGUGCCGAGUUCAUUGAGGAAAGAGGAAUCAUUGAUGGCAUUUAUCGCUUGUCAGGCAUCGCCUCCAACAUCCAGAAGCUGCGAGUGGCUUUUGAUGAGGAUCGAGUGCCCAACCUGCACGAUGACCGAGGCGUCCUCCAAGACAUCCAUUCCGUGUCCUCGCUAGUGAAGAUGUACUUCCGAGAACUUCCUAAUCCGAUCUGCACCUACCACCUCUACGAGAAGUUUGUCGAGGCAGCCAAAGCCAAAGAGAAUCAAAGGCUGGUCCUCCUCCGGGAUGUGGUCCAACAACUCCCGCCUCCAAACUAUCGAACUCUGGAAUACCUCUCGCGGCACUUGUAUCGCGUCUCUCUUCGCGGGGGCGACACUGGAAUGACGGCCAAGAACGUGGCCAUCGUUUGGGCGCCCAAUUUGCUUCGCUCAAAGAGCCUAGAAGUGGGUGGCGUGGCUGCCUUGCAAGGGGUGGGCGUUCAGGCCGUGGUCACCGAGUAUCUCAUCCGAUAUUGCGAACUGAUUUUCAGUGAUAAAAUGCCCGUGUAUCAGUCCAUCACUAGCUCACCCACUCCGAAGAAGCAGUUGCGGCCCAAGAGUCUGGCCAUUUCCACGCCCACCAAGUUGUUGAGCUUGGACGAGGCUCGCAAUCGAGCCUUGAGCUCCGCCGGGAACGGUGCGGCCACCACGGCGUGCGGCAUCCCUUUGGUCCAACAAGAAAGUCAGAGAUAUAUUGAGGUGGGCGGUGGACCCGAGAAGCUCCCUCCCAAAUAUCACACUGUGAUCGAUUUGCCCAGCCGAAAAGGUUCGAGCGGAGGAAGCCUGAAGCAUCACCGAAGGUCGCCCAUUGCGUGGAAGAACAUCUUCAGUGGGAGGAACAAGGGCAAACCCGGUGUGCAGAGGAAACUGGAUCUCAACGAUAUUAAAGUAACGAACAGAUACACGAAUACCAGGUCUGAUAUUAAUUCGACCCUUAACGGCGCUGGCAAUCGUCAAGUACAAACCUUGCUCUCUCAACAUCACCAUCAGAAUCUGCGCCCCGUUCGAAGUGCCGAGUCCCUCAUUCAACCGGCUCCGAGCUCGUUGGAAGGAAUCACCGAUAAUCCUCGCUUGUUGCUCGAGACCAAUCCGAUCUCGCACGCCUCUCAAAAGACUGAGUCCGCCUUCAAACUGAGGCCGGAAGACAUCUCUACCCAUACCAAAGUCAACCCGAGCGAUGAACCUCCAACUUCGCCCAAUGAGUCCCGACCCAUCUCCAUGGAUUUGGACGAAUUGGCACCGCUGGAACUCGUACAAAGAGCCAUGGGCCAAUCUUCGAUCAAAAACUCACCUCGAACCCACAGUCGAUCCAGUUCACACGACUCGUAUUUCGAGCGGAAGCUCUCGGCUCAAUUCAAGUCCGGUGAGGAAGGGGAUGAGCUGUUGAGUCCGGUGGAGAGAGAACCCAGUGGGUUAGAGUCCAACUUGGAUCUGAGCGAGAUCCAGAUGAACUUUGAACUGGAGGAUAACGAGAUGAGGAUCUUCUCGGAGGACGAGGCCACCAUGAUGUCCAAUUCCGUUGGGAGUGACAUGAACAAGUCUCCUCUGGACGAAUACAAACAGUUCGGGGGUGGCGGGAUUUCGGCCUUGAAGCGGGCCCCCAAGAUCUUGGAGGGUUCCGACGAGGGCUCGCCCAAAGCCAGAAAGAUGAGCUUUCGCGAGAAAUUCAAACGCUUCACCUCGCCCACUCCCAAUCGAAAAGAGACCCCAGGGCUUGUCGGGGGUAUUGUCAAAGAACCCGAAGUUCACGCACACCAUACUUCCUUGAAGGACAAAAUCGUGGGAGCACUCAGCCCGGAAAGUCUUCGGAAGAAACCCGCCGGAUCAGAAAUCCCCAUGAUGUAUGAAUCACCACAAAUACCUUUACAGUCUACUUUGGCUACAACUUCAACGACCACAUCAACCGCCAGUACGACUACAGUAACUACUGUUACUUCUACUACUUCGACUGAAACAGUCACUGCCACCGCCACAACGGGAGAAAGUCCCGAAGAUGACGAUAAUGUUGAUGCGGUGGCGUCCUCAAAUGGUCUACCUCUUUCGCCUUCCAUCAAUUUUAUUGAUGCGUCUAUGCACGAGUCAUUGGAGAAGAAAGACGACAAAGACAGUGAUGACAUCAAUAGUCCUGGAGAAAACACUCCGGACGAACUCGAAGAAGAGUUCGACGAUGACCAACAAACUGUCAUUUCAGCUUCCAGCUUAGAGAAGAAACUGCUCCGACAAGACCUGCCCUACAAUCAUCCUCACCACCACCAUCACCACCAGCAACAAAGGCUCUCUGUGGCCUCGAGAAGUACAAAUGAAGACUUGACUUCCAUAUCAAGCUCAAACAGUCAAGCUCAAACUGACCAACUCGUGAUUGCCGCUCAAAUCCAUCACGUUCCAAUUAUUGAGGAGGGUUUCAAUCAUGUGCGACAAGAGCAAUUCCCCAUCAUUGAAACCACUCAUGAAGAGACCCAACCCGUUUUCGAACCCGACAAUCGGGUGAACGAACUGUCAGAACUAGAGGACGAUGUCAAAAGGAAACCCGGUAUGGAUUUGCGAGUGUCGCCUUCGUUGUCUUCAAGCUACCAUCCAGAAUCGAGCGACGAGAGUGUCUUGAUCAGUAGUCCCUCCCUAAGGAAUCCUCAUCUUCAGACGGUACAAGCCUCAAUCGACACCCUUCAAAGCCUGGUCCAAGACGAAGGCAGUUUGGGAUGUAUCAGUCCCAUUCCCACCAGUCUUCACAACCUCUCAAACAGCAAUCCCACGUCUUGCACUCAAUUUGAUCGCGAAUCCGACCACGAGGGGGACCCCAGCAAGUCGGCCAUCAUCAUCGAGGAAAUCAUCACCGAAACUUUUGACACGGCUCCGACCAAUCUAUCCCUGAAGGUUAAGGACAAAAGCGACGAGGAAGACGACGAUCAUGAUGAGUUGAUCUUGAUUUCGAGCAUGAAAGGGGAGUACCUAAAACGCGACACCGACCCUCAUAUGGAAGUGGAUCAGCCUGAAAAGAUGGAUUACGAUGAGAGCGUGGUUUCGGCCAUGUCCAUGGCCCUGCCAAUUCAAACGGUGGAGAAAUCCAAGACGAAUGCAACCUUGGACAUGAGUGCUCCCAUCGUGUAUCAAGCCAAAACUAGCACUCAUAUUGUCAGACACGUGGCCCUUCCGGAUCCGAAAAUGGCCCCAUCGCCCACGACACCAUCUACUUCGUCUUCGAGUAAAGGGUUCAGUCCUAGUCCAACGUUAUCCCCCGUAUCCCCCGCUCAUCCUCGGUUGGCUUUGGUGGGACCCACGCCCUACCAACGAAGACCAUCCGUGAGUAGUGUGAGUAGUUGCGAGGAUAAGCCCUCCUCCUUCUCGCCUUCCCCACCCAUUCCAAAGCCAAGGAACAUUUCCAAACCCCCCACGCCCAAGUUUGAUAUCAUUGCCAAUGAUAUUCCACUUGACGACGAGCCAAAACUUUCGUCGGGAGAUGAAGAAGGCGAACUCACCGAGGAAAAGGCAUUCAGUUUACCUCCGGGGAUCGAUGACAUGGAUACCGGUGCCAUCACCAACAGUUUAUCAAUGACGCCACCAAAAGUCAAGGAGAAGCGGCUGACGUUCAGUGAACCCGCCAAACGGUUGACCGUCUCGAAAUCGGUGGAUCGAAUUGAGUUCAAGACCCGCUUAAGCACUACUUCGCUUCACGCUCAAAUCGAAGAAGAGCAUACUUUGGUGAAUGAGGAACCACCUCUCCAAAGGAGGAACUCGAUCCACAACGUACCAUUCGUCGAUGUGAGUGAUCCGCAGACCCGUGAACGAAUGGAGCGCUACAAGGAAGAGCGAAGAUCCAUGUUAAGGGCCAAGUAUAAGGUGGAGGACUACAAAACCAAAAAGGUCAGUGUGGAGGAAAUCGAGCCGCCCAAACCCAAGGCUCGGAGAUCAGUCCCGUCCUCUCCAACCCUCGAGGUCCCGCCCAUUGUCCUACCUCACAAAGUCCCUCAGGAGGAGAAUCGUCCAGUGGAACAUGUAGAGAUGAGGAAGAAGAAAAGUCCUAUGAUGGAGGCCCCCAAGCCUAGGGAGAGGUCGUUCAAUGGGUCCAAGAAGAAUACCAUUGAGGAUGAGGUCAAUGUGAAGGAGAGAGCCGCCAUUUUUGGCGUGUCCAAAACCCGCGAGAACAAACUUCGAACGGUUUCAUUGGCAACGCCCGGAGUGAAGAACAACAAUCGCCAAGAUCGCCGAACUUCACUUGAUAAGUCGCCUCCAGGAGCCCCGAGCAAGAUCAAGAACAUGGCCGCCAUGUUCGAGCAGAAAUGAAUGAUUGGGCAGAACUUGACCGGCUUCAACUAUUGGCUGUGAUUUUAGUUUUCGGUCGAGUCAGCUUCGAUUUGUUCGUUGAUUUGUGAAAGUGAGCCGAAUUCAAAUCCCUGAGGAGAAUGACGAUUUCUCGAAUUGAUUAUUAUCCUUCGUUAUUAUGUUCAAAUGAUUUGUCGCCUUUGCUUGAACUAUAUUAUCAUUUCUAUUGUUGUUUUUUGUUUUAACGAGAAAAGAACGUUUUCAAAUAAAUUUUAAAGUCACACAUAUAAA